AUGGCUUCAGUAGCAAGAAGUGUUCGCCCCUUCCUCCGGCCAUCAUCCCUCCAGUCACCGCUUCGCCAGCGAGUAGUCUCGAGAUCAUGUUGGCGAAGUCUCUCGUCCUCGCAGUCGAUGAGACAAACAACAACCGGCGAACCCCACGAUCUCACAGGCGCAAUCCCCACCCCUCUUUCCCACAUGUCCGAGACCGAAUCCAUGAUGCAAGAGUCGGUCGCCAGAUUCGCCAACGAUGUCAUCCUACCCAAAGUCAGAAGCAUGGACGAGAACGAAAAGAUGGACCAGGAUAUCAUUGAGCAGUGUUUCGAGCAGGGCCUCAUGGGCAUUGAAAUCCCAGAGGAAUUUGGUGGUGCCGGCAUGAACUUUACCGCUGCUAUUGUUGGUAUCGAGGAGCUGGCUAGGGUUGACCCUAGUGUCAGUGUCAUGGUUGAUGUGCACAAUACUCUGGUCAACACGACUGUGCUCAAGUACGGCACCAACGAGAGCAAGCGCAAGUGGUUGCCCCAAUUGGCCACCAACACCGUCGGCUCCUUCUGUCUCUCCGAACCCGUCUCUGGCUCCGACGCCUUCGCCCUCAAGACCCGCGCCGAAAAGACAGCCGACGGCUACCGCAUCAACGGCUCCAAGAUGUGGAUCACAAACUCGCUCGAAGCAGGCUUCUUCAUCGUCUUUGCCAACCUCGAUCCCUCCAAGGGCUACAAGGGUAUCACAGCCUUCAUCGUCGACAAGGACACUCCCGGCUUCAGCAUCGCAAAGAAGGAAAAGAAACUCGGCAUCAAAGCCUCCUCAACCUGCGUCGUCAACUUUGACGACUGCGACAUCCCCAAGGGCAACUUGCUCGGCAAAGAGGGCGACGGCUACAAAUACGCCAUUGGCAUCUUGAACGAAGGCAGAAUCGGCAUCGCUGCUCAAAUGACUGGUCUGGCCAUGGGCGCCUUUUCAAACGCUGCCUCGUACGUCUGGAACGACCGCAAGCAAUUCGGCACCCUCGUCGGCGAGUUCCAGGGUAUGCAACACCAGCUCGCUCAAGCGUGGACGGAAAUCUGUGCUGCGCGCGCCAUGGUCUACAAUGCCGCUCGCAAAAAGGAAGCUGGCGAGGACUUUGUCAUGGAUGCUGCCAUGGCGAAACUCUAUGCCUCUCAAGUUGCGGGUAAGGUGUCUGGACAGGCUAUCGAGUGGAUGGGCGGUAUGGGUUUCGUGAGAGAGGGUCUAGCGGAAAAGUACUGGAGAGACAGCAAGAUUGGUGCCAUCUACGAGGGUACCAGCAACAUUCAGCUGACCACCAUUGCCAAACUACUGCAAAAGGAGUAUACCAAGUAG